UAUUUUUUGUUGAAUUUGUACGGACGGAUAUCCCGUUGAAACUCACACGAACUCUCUUCGUUUAUGGGUGAUUCCAUCUCUGAUCUGCCAUGGCGUUCGUUUGAUUUCGCGUGAAUCCGUUCCAUGAUUUGAUCGGAAAGAUCGGAUCCACCUCUCCCACUGGCCCUCCCCCCCCCCCCCCCCUCUCUUCCCCUCUCCGUUCGGGAAAAGUUGGGGAUUCGAUUUUGAUGCUUUCAUCGAAUCUGACGCCAUGAGGAAGAAGCUCGAUACUCGAUUCCCCGCUGCGAGGAUUAAGAAGAUAAUGCAAGCUGAUGAGGAUGUCGGGAAGAUUGCGCUUGCCGUUCCUGUUUUAGUUUCUAAAGCUUUAGAGUUGUUCUUGCAAGACCUAUGUGACCGUACUUACGAGAUUACGCUUCAAAGGGGAGCAAAGACUAUGAGUUCCGUGCAUUUAAAGCAUUGUGUCCAGAGUUACAAUGUUUUCGAUUUCCUGAGGGACAUUGUGAGCAGGGUUCCUGACUAUGGUCAUGGUCAUGGUCAUGCAGAUGCUGCUUCUGAUGAUAGAACAGUGUCCAGAAGAAGGAAAGCAGUCGGUGAUGAUGGUAACGAGACCGAUGAAGAAACUAAGAAGAGCAGGAUGCUUCAGGUGGGCCAUGGCAGCACUAGUGGCAGAGGGAGAGGCCGAGGUCGGGGUAGAGGCCGCGGAAGGGGUGCUAGGCAUGUGGAGAGGGAGAUCUUACAUCAGGAAAUGGAACCUGAACCGGCUGCAUCUCUGCAACCUGCUAGUGUUAAUAAGGAUUCUAGUCUAGGAGCCCAUGAGGAUCGUGCUUCUGACUCAAAGGAAUUGGUGAAGGAGACCGCUGUGCCCACCAAUGGUACCAAUCCUGGGGCUCGGAAUUUUGAUCUGAAUGCCCAGGUAGCUGAAAAUGAAGGUGUAGCGACGGCCGCAGCCCCAGCAGAAAACCCUCCUCAAGAGGGGCCUAACACCGAGGCCAAGCAUGAGGAUUACCUCGGGUGGCCACUGUCUGAGGUGGACAAGAUGGCCAUCGACCCAUUGCAGCUUGCUAACCUUGGGAACAGAAUAGAUGAGGAUGAAGAAGACUAUGAUGAGGAAGGCUAAGGAGGUGCCCGAAUCAAAGGCUCUUCGUGCGGAAGCAAUCAGAUUCCCGCACUCGAACCUUUACUCUAGGCAGGGCUUUGUUUACGGUUUCCUCUGGUUCCUUUUUCACCUUUCUUCCCAUGUUUCAUAUCAGUUCCAUUUGCUAACACCGAUCAUAUUUAGAGGAUGCAACAGGUACCUCAGCCGUUUUUAGUCGUUUAUAUAAUGUAUUAAGGGGCUUGGCAGUCUCAGCAGGAUGGAAUUGUAAGUGUAGCUAUGGAAAAGACUACGCGGUCUUCACCGAACUCUAUAUAUAGUUUAUCAGAAAUAUAGUUAGUUUACUUCCCCAACCAA